AUGGCUGAACAAGUGGGGCAAGCGGAGGUGUCGGGACAAGCAGGCCAAGCCGUAAUGGGGGCUCUAGCCCUGGAGAUGGUAGGGGCAUUGAGGGAGUCCAUGAAUAUUCUGAGGGCAGAGACCCAAGCAAGGGAGAAUGUUGCAGAGACUAGAGCUAGCUUCCUCACGAGGGAGUUCUUAAGGGCCAAGCCGGAUGAAUUCCAUGGUGGGCUCGAUCCAAAGAAGGCGGAUGAAUGGUUGGAGCAAACUGUGAAGGCCUUUGAUAUGCUCCAUAUCGAUGACGACGAGUUAAGGGUAACCCUUGCAAGCUAUUACCUCAAAGGUGACGCCGGCCAAUGGUGGAAGGAGAGGUUGAGGCAGAAAUUCAAGGACCUUUUGCAAUUGAAUAUGUCGAUGGCCGAGUAUGAAGCGGCCUUUUCUAGCUUGUCCCAGUUUGCACCGGAGUUGGUAGCGACGGAAGAGCACCAUUGCUUUGAGUUCGAGCAGAGGUUGAGGACAAAGAUUUUGUUCAAGGUUUCCAAGAACAUGAUUCGAGAGUAUGAUCGCCUUGUGGAGGCCGCCGCACAUGUGGAGAUUAUAGUGGAGGCCGAGAAGGCGAGACUUCGGAAUUCGAGGUCUAGGGGCCAAGGGUCACAGGGGGACUUUAGGUUUAAUAAGAAGAGCAGGAGCACUUUCAUAUCCCAAUCCCAGCUGCAGCAGUCUAGAUUCUUUUUCCCCUUUCCUAGUGUGGGCUCGGGGAAGAGUGCAUCGAAUGGGUUCUCUUGCUUCAAAUGUGGCCAACUGGGUCACCAGGCCUUUGCAUGUCCGCAGAAGGGAGAGGGACAGCAGAUGUUGCCACCACCACCACCUAACCGAUCUCAAAACCAGUCUCAGUCUUAG